AAUUCUUUUUUCUCCUUUUUUUUCUUUUGGAAUUAUAUGUUUGAUGGUCAUUCCAAGAUUUCGACUAUACUUGAGAUGUGCUGUACUCGAAUGAUCUUGCUUUACGAGCUUUUUAGAAAGACAUAUCUCUUCUUGAUUUUGAAAAGUGAAAAAAUAAAAUUUUAAAUUGCUAUUUUUAUUUAUCUCUUUUUUAUAAUAAUUUUUAUAUAAUAAGAAGCGUUAUUAUGUUUUACGAAAAAUUGAACGAAAAUCGUUAAGAUAUUUUAUUACAAUUUAUUGAUAUAAUGAUUGAAAUACUCAAUCAUAUCAUAAUAAUUUUAUAAGAUAAUAAUAGAAGCGUGAAAAUAAUGCACGUUACUUAUUUUUCUUAUUAAAUUGUAAAUGCAAAAUAACUGAUAGUAAUUCAGAGGUCUAGAUUCACAUCAAAAAAGUAUAAAGAAAAUUAUUCUUUUAGUUCCUUUUUGUUCUUUUUCUUUUUCUUCUUUUUUUUUAAGAAUAGCUAUUUUUGCGAUCAAAACAGCAUAUUCUGUUUUCCAAUUCUAUGAUUUACAUUAUCUUUAAAGAAACUAGUAUUAGUUAUUGUAUAAACCAGAUGAGUACAGCGUGACAUUUUAAUUCUGAAAUCAUAAACCUGUAUUUAACCUCAUAUGUGAGAUUUGAGAGUAAAAGAUAAUUAUUUAUUACUUUUUUGCCUUUUUUGAGAAUAUUUUUUUCAUAAAGUGCGAACUUUAUGAAACCAUGGGUUGUCCAAGCAUUUUUAGGUAUUAAGAAGCACUUCGCAUUAAUUUACCUGAAUGUAUUGUUUUUUUAGCACAUUCGAGAGAAUAUGUACUGUCAUUUUUUAAUAAGCUGCCAGAUAUUUAUACGUAUAAAAAUUCAAGCAUUUCCACGGAGGAUACUCGAUAUUUUCUUCUUUGUACAUAUAUUACUGUUGCUGUUUUCUCUUUUUGUUUCAGUAUGCUUAAAGUAUUCCUAUCUCCGUAUGAGUAUAGAGAGAUAUAUACAUGUAUAUAUAUCUUCAAUCUGAUUUUUGAACUGUAAGACUGAUUUUACAAAUCGGCAUUUCAUUUCCGUAUGAAUGUCUUUUUAUGUUAGUUUUAACUGUGAAAAUAAUUUUAUAAUGUAAAAGAUCUGUUUCUCUAAGCAAAGUUUUUAUCAUAUUGCAAAUGAAUGAGAUGUGCAAGAGAUUUUCUUUAAAUACGUCGGCAUUAAUGUAUAUGUACUUAUAGAGUUCAUGUUUUUUAUAAUAUUAAAUUGCACCGUGGCACAUACUUAUUCCUUUAACUUGGAAACUUGUAUAGAUUUAGGAAUAUUAUGUACAUCCUGAUAACACUACCAAUUAAAAUAUUGUAUUCAUUUUGUACUAAUUUAGAAAAAAGAGCGGUUAUAAAAAUGUAUGGUAAAAAUAUAAAAAUUUUGGAUAUUCCUAAAUCUAUUAUAACUUUAAUGUUUGAUAUGAUUUUUGGAUUGUUGUGCGUCCGAAUGUUUGUGUGAUAUUUUGAGAAAAAUAAAAUGUAAUUCGUUUUUCAACCUUUAUAGUUAAAAAUGGAUCAUUUAUUACGAUGGAAUAUACGUAAUAAGCAUUAUUUAUUAAUAUAAUUAUUAUAACAAAAUAACUUUCUAUAAUUUAAUCGUCAUCUUUCACUUAUUAAUUGUAAAUUUAAUUCAAUGAGAAAAUAAGAAGUGCGAUUUUAAAUACAAUUAUUAAUUUACGUAAUAGUGAAUAUUUGACCAAACUAAAAACUUAAUGACCUUAGAAAAAGUGGCCUUUUUUAGGGAGGACAAUUUUAUAAAAUUUGAUAGUGUAUAUGUAAAAAAAUAUGAAAUGUAAUGGAAGGAAAAUUCAAUUUCUGGACAUUUUUGUAUUAGCAAUUUUUAAUCAAUCUCCAAAUCAUUGGAAUCCAAUUUACGAGAAAGAUCUAUUUAUAUAAAGAUCUACAAUGACUUAAAUAAAUAAUUAUCAAUUUCGAAGUUAUAUAGAUAGUUUUUCAUUGUAUAAAGACACUAGGAGAAAUUAUUUAUACGAUUAUAGUCACAUUCUUCGAAAAAUACUAAAAGAAGUCAUGGAAAUAAAUGCGUGUUAACAUCAAUGUCCAUAUUUUCCAAUAUUUUUAAAUUUUUAAAUAUGUACACAUAAUACUGCCUUAAUAGCGGUCUAUUUUAUACGAAAAUAGUUAUAAAAUCUAGAUUAUCAGAAUUAUAAAUACAUUGUUUAUAUACAUUUUAUUUAUAAUAUUAUUUUCGUUAUAUUAACAAUAUAGUUGCAGAAAUGAAAUGAAAUAAUAAAAAUAUGAGAACCACUGACGAAGAAUGUGAGAGAUUGAUUAAUCAUUUUACGCAAAGUUGUCGAUGAGAACCACUGCUUGGAAUUCCUGACUACUUGGUCGACAAUCUUGCGUUUUAGAGUUAGUGGAGCAACGAUAAGUGCAAUGUUACUUUAUUACAUUGUUAUAUAGUAAUCUAUAUAUAGUUGUCUCUUGAAUCAACAGGUAAAUUGAACUAAAGUUUGUUUGAAAUAAAAUAAGCGGCCUUCUUAAAUGUGAAUCGCCGGAAAAUGUACCAACACAAUCAAAAAGCAACGCAGAUCGUGGAUAGUCGGUGAGGAAAAGUUUUAUUUUUGAAAGCGUCCGCGAAGUAUACAGAUAAAUUCCUCGCAUUCCAACGCUGGUCCAAGCUCUUGCGAGCCCAGCAUCUAGAUGAGAAUGUUACUUUUGUGAUUACUCAUUCGGUGACAUCUGAGGAAUGUGUUAGCUUUCUUCAUCCACUGUAUGAGACAAUUGUUAUAUUGUGGAAUGUGUGGCAUAGGUUGACAAGAAGAAAAGGUGCUGGAUAAUCCAAAUGGAUAACAAAAGCCCAUUAUGGCCCAGCAUCUGCAGACACAGCAUCAACACGAAUUUUUACCAUUGUGUGAUGUAUUAUUCAACAUAAUCUCCCUUGCAUCAUAUUUUUGUGACGUUGUUUUUGACUUUGCAAUGGUAUAUGCUCUUGCCCAACAUUCUGUAGCUCCUCCAAUUCUCUUUCCCUUAAGUAUUGUUCUUAUAGCAACUUCAUUAAUUAUUUCUCAGAUUAUUAGUGUAAGAUGGUAUUUGUGGGGAGCCAGAGGCAAACUAACUGGUAACAAUAUAGCAGAUUGCAAUAUCAAUGGAAAGAAAGAAAAUGGGAAUUGGACAAUAUGGUGUGUUUUAUUGCUUCAUUCAACUCAAGUUGGAGUAUUAUGGAGAUACUUCAAAUUAUUUAUUCCAGUUAAUUUAACUUAUGUUAAACAUGAGGUUAGAGAACUUUGUGUAUUACGCCUUAUUCAUGCCUUCUGUGAAGCUGCACCAAUGUUACUUCUGCAGUUAUAUCUCUUGUCUAUUGGAGUCAAUAAUGAUUCAAAUACAGAUGUUGGAAAAACAAAGGAAACUGACAGAGACAGUGAUAAGUUAGCAAAAUUAACUGCAGUAUCUGCUGGUCUAUCUUUGUGGAGUGUAUGUUGGGCAGUUGCUAGUUUUAGCAAAGGUGCAGCACGUCUUCGUAAUUUAGAACGUUUGGUAUUGACAUGGCUAGGUGUGCUGGCACAACUAGCUUGGCGUUUAGGAACUGUAAGCGCUAGAGUAGGAGUAUUGGUAGCUUAUGCUUCACUUUAUGGUGGACAGUGGUUGCUAAUUGUCAUGGCUCUCCACUGGCUAUCAAUGUUGAUGUGGUUGCUACUCACGCCAGAUGGUCUUUUUCACGGUGGUGAACAUUUGCCUAUUUUAAGAAAAACGUCUUUAGCCUCACUCCUUGCAUUUGUUUAUAUAUUUGCGUAUGUAAAUUUACACGAAACAAAUCAUCGUCAAAAAAUGGUAAUUUUUUACACAGUAAUGUUUUUGGAGAAUAGUUUACUCAUUGGUGUAUGGAUAGUUGGUGUUAAUAGAACAGAUCUUCUUCCACACCAACAUCAUCCAAACCCUGUAACUUUAGUACUUACACUAUUAGCCUUAUUUUUUGGUGGUAUGUUUUUCAUGGGGCUCUAUUAUAGAUUUUUUCAUGUACGAAGAUUAAGGUAUGAAGCAGGUGGUAGAAUGACAGCUUCGAAUCUCACAGCUUUGUCAAACCAGGAUAAUCUGGAAGAAAAACAAAUAGAAUAUACAGAAGAUAAAAAAUUAAAUAUGAAUGUAGGAGUAAGGAAAGUUAAGUUGAGUAAUGGUGGAAUACCAGGAGUAUUUAAUUGUCGUUUUACAAAUCCAGCUGCAGUAAAUCCAAAUCGAAAAAAGAAAAAACCAACAACAUUCGUACCUCCUCCACCACCACAGUCUGAAACUGGAACUGUCACAACUUCCAUGAACACAGUGACUGAAUCGAAACAAUGGCUUGGCGUGAAUAAUAAUUCACGUCAAUUAAUACCGUUUUGGAAGAAAUCUGUGAAUUCCGGCAUGAUACAGAAUGAUCAUUCAAAUGAACAAAAAAUUGGAAUGGAUGCUGCAACUGCUGGCUCUCUAAGUGUAAAUUUAAUAAGAGAGAAACUUCAAGAGAAGAAGCAGCAGCAGUUGCGAGAAUUAAGAGCAAUUCAAGAAGAAAUAAAAGAAGGAAAGUUAUUUCCUCCGCCAUCAGCUUCAGCAUCAUCAUUUUCGUCAUCGCCUGCAUCAAAUCAGCAACCACCUCCUAAUACAAAAUUACAUACUUCCCCCAGUUCUCCUUUAUUCACAUCUGAGCCAUCAGUAGGUGAUCAAAAUGGAGGACUAGCCUUAUCUUCGUGGCCACCAGUGAAAAUGCACUGUCUUUUACCUCCACCACCAUCAUCUUCCUAUUACCCAAACAUUCAUCCUUCGAAUUCAUGGAGAACAACGCAAAGAGAAAGAGCGGACACUCCAGAAAUUUUACUCGCACCGCGCUGUCUUCCUCAUCAUUAUUCCCAUUGGACACCGUCUACUCAUGUUAAUCAUCGUCAAAAUGGUGGAGAGGAAAGUUCUAAAGGCGAGGGAGAGGUAGAAGGAGAUCUUAGCGAUAUGGAAGGUAGUCAAGUAUCAUUGCCCCGAAGCUAUACUCUACCACGCGAAUUUAAGUAUCAUCACCCAAACAAUACUGCCAGAGAACGAGAACGACGUGUAGGAAAUAACAAAGUUCCAGCCUCACGUUUUUACUUACCUUCUACUAAUAGUUCCGAUGGAGAUGUAGAUAGUGCGGAUAAUGAAGAAGAGACGGAUUCUGAAGUACACUAUCGCAUGAAAAAUAAUCAUGAGUCUAACAAUCAUAAUGAAACGCAACAGCAGCAACAGCAACGAUUUGCGUUUGAGGAUAAUAAUAAAAAUGAAUUUUUAAAUCCAGAUUCUUCAGCAACCGUUAUCAUGUCUGGAAAUUCUUAUUUAAAUAAUUCUCAAGGACUACUUCGACCAAGUCAAUUGUUCAGAAACAGGGUUAAACAUGAAACGAAGCUUUGAAGCUUCUGUUUUUAUUCAUAGUAUUUUAGGAAUUGUAUAAUAGCUAAUUGAAGGUUUGAAACAAGAAGACUGUACAUGAUCUAUUUUUAUAAAAUUAUUAAUUUCUUAUGCGCGUAUUUUUUAACAUUCUUAUGAUGUUCAGAUUAACAUUUCUAAGGGUUAGAUGCUAACCAUAAGAAUUGUACAUAAAAGAGGAGUGAAUAUAGACUUCAUAGACUUUUAUAUACUCUAUAAACUUCAUAGGCUAAUGAUGUUACAUUUGUUCCUUGUAAAUGAUGAUACAACUAUGUACAAAAAAGCAUGUCAAACAACCGAGUAUGUGUUUAUUUUUACGAUCUAAGUAAAUACAUACGAUCUGAAAAGUUUUGAUAUUUUUUACAUAACAUACAAUUUCUUUUUCAAUAAAUUAUUAAUUCUCUUGUAUUCUGGAAGAAAAUAUAUAGUUUAAACUCUUCAUAAUGUUAAUUACUUUAUAAAUAUGGUACUUUUUGAUACAAUGGAUUAUAUAAACAGAUAAGAUAUUUGAACUCAUUAUAUUUAUUUUAUAUUAAAAAAUAGAUAGAUAUGUAUUUAAAUUAUACAAUUAUCGUAAA